AGAAGUGAAAAAUUAGAAAAAAGAACUGAAACGUAAAGACAAGACAGCUGUUGUAGCAGCUUCUGCUGGUUUCGAAUCCGAUUGUGUAAUUUCAAUUUUGAAGCAUUGUUUGAACGUUAUGAGUGGCACUAACAUGUUAUAAGAUACUCUCUGUGAUUUAUCAAUAUCCUUGUGAGAAUUAAGACUGAUUAUUCAAAAGAUUUGCCUAGGUGUGAUUUCAUUGUAUAGCGAGUGCCUUUUGUGAUUGAUUUUUGCGCUCGCUCUAUUGUUAAAGCACACGAAAAUGGUACGAACAAAACCGUCUCGCAUCGGGAACACUAAACGAAAUAGAACCAGUUUCCAGGAAGAGAAACUGAGUGCCAAACUAAAAGAAUUCGAUAUUUUAGCUGAUUGUGAAUUAGCCUCACUUGAGUCCAAGUUUACCGACGAGAUAGAAGAACUGUUCAGAAUGAUUAAAACAAUCAAGAAUCGAAUGCCGAAACAUGCCCUUCAGAUGCGAAUGGGAGAUUUAAGACUGCUAGGAGUUAAGUCCUUUGCUGACCUGGAGAAUUUGGCUAUGGAACCAUGUGAAUCGAUGAGCGUUUUGGAUCCGGACGAUUUUUCAAGAAUUUCAGACAAAACAUCCAAAGACAAGCCUGUCAAACAUUCUAAGUCAGAUGAUGGUUAUCAAACUGAGGACAGUGCGAUAAGCAGCAUUCCUUCAAGUUUCACCACAAACCGUAUGUGUGGUCCGUUGUCGUCUGCAAUUAAAAAUCGGCGUCGUAGCAAAUCUGUUUCAAGCCACGCAACACCGUCUAAGGGACACUCUUCGCUUUUAAUCGGAAUCAAAUCAAAGAAAACUUUCGGUGGUAGUCAAACAUUUUUUGCCAAUGACUCACGCCUUUCGCGGCAAAAAUUCCGUACACCGGGGGCUAACAAUCGGUUACAAACUGUCAGCACUGAUCGUGGAAUGAGUUUAAUUACACCAAAAGUACAGCCGAAUACUCCUUUAGCUAUAAUGCGGCAUGCUCGCAUUGGGGAGAGCAUCUAUUCGGUCACUGGUAGUCCAGUCAUAACCACCGCCACGAUGGAGCAGAUGGCAAAUGUUAACAUUCCAGUUGCUAAUGGUAUCCUGUCGAUUCGGCCAACUGAAAUGGAUACUUUUGAUCCGGGAUUGGUGCAGAAGAUAGAUUCCGACACGUUGGAGCACCUGAAGAAGCUGCAGAUGAAUCUAAACAAAAUUAUGCAAAUAGCAGAAGAACAUAAUUUUCAGCAAUCGUGAAGUGAUCCAUUAUUUUUUAUUUUGCCUGUAAUUUUGUGUACCUAUGUGUUCAAGUAUUAUUUCCGUUUUUUUUUCAUCAAUUCGGCAAUAAAUUUCUCAUUGAGUAAUA